UAGCCAAAUGCACCAAUAACCUUAAAUCAUGACACUGUCUAUACUAAAAGCAGUCUAUUGUCUGUAUUCUUUACUGAUAUAAUAAUGAAUAGGACUGCCAUGAGUGUAGUUAAAUGAAUAUUAGCAACCUUCCUGUCCCACUCUCUUUCUUCAGAGGCUUACUGGUUGCGUGAAAAUCCCUCCAUGAAAGCAAGGCUGAAGUCUCGCUCCAGGAUUACAGCUUGAGGAAGAUUUAGUGACUGACACAUGUUGCACACUCUUCCUCCGCGAGCCUUCUCUGACUGCAAAUUAACAAAUACAGGAGAACCUAUGGCUGCUAUGCUGGAUCACUGGACACAGGAUGCCGAGGAAUGAACCUUCAGGAUGGGAAUAUUGUUCCCUGAUGCCAUAUGGGAAGACUUUUGAGGCUGCAUGAGAGAGGCUGUGCUGUGAACAAGCUUUGCUGAGGGAGGGCAAGGUGGGUUGAUGUGGUGUGAAUGGGACAGGAGAGUUGGACUCAAAUGUACAGCUCAGGGAUGAACAGCACCCCAGCGAUGGCACCUCUGUCUCCAGGGCUGACCCCACCACGCUCUUCACCACUGUCACCCAAGAAGACCACCUUUCAGUCUUUAGGAUCUCUGUCAACAGGGAUGUUGUCCCCCUCGCUGGGUAAGGGCUCCUCUCCUCAGGCGCAGCAGGCCUCGAGCCCCUUGAAUACAUCCACCACGUCCAUUAUGAGCUCUCCAAAACUCUGGCAGAAAGCAUCCAUCUCUAGACUCGCUGAGGAGUUUUUCUGGAUUGGUGGCAGCAUGGUCGCACAGCCAAAAUGGAGACUGGGUCAGAUAGUGGAGCGGUGUAUGUGCAACAUGCAGGCCGGCACUCAGAUGACCAAAAUGAAGGGGAAGAAGAAAGGACUGGUCCGGUUCUUUUACCUGGACGAACACAAGUCCUGCAUCCGGUGGCGGCCCUCCAGGAAACAUGACAAGGCCAAAAUCACUAUCGACUCCAUCCAUGAAGUCUGCGAGGGGAAAAAGUCAGAGAUCUUCAGGCGGUACGCAGACAACCGCUUCGACCCAAACUACUGCUUCAGUAUUUACUAUGGGGAGCGAGUGAAGUCCCUGGACCUGGUCUCCACCAACGCAGAGGAGGCCCGCACCUGGAUCACUGGGCUGAAAUACCUCAUGGCUGGCAUCAGCGAUGAGGACAGUUUGGCCCGGAGGCAGCGCACACGUGAUCAGUGGUUACAGCAGACUUUCUCCGAGGCCGACAAAAACGGAGAUGGCACCUUGAGCAUCGGAGAGGUUCACCAGCUGCUCCACAAACUCAAUGUGAAUUUACCCAAGCAGAAAGUCAGGCAGAUGUUUCAAGAAGCAGACACAGACGACAACCAGGGCUCUCUGGGCUUUGAAGAAUUCUGUUCGUUCUACAAGAUGAUUUCCACUCGCAGAGACCUCUACCUGAUAAUGAUCUCCUACAGCAAUCAGAAAGAAGUCAUGGAUUUUCACGACCUUGCACGCUUCCUGGAAAAUGAACAGAAGAUGCGAGGUUUGGCCAAAGAGUAUCUAAUCGACAUAGUGGCCAAGUUUGAGCCGUGUCCUGAGAACCUGCAGCGUACGGUACUCGGUAUUGAUGGUUUUACCAACUACAUGAGGAGCCCUGCAGGUGACAUCUUCAACCCCGAGCACAAUCAGGUGAACCAGGACAUGACGCAGCCUCUGAAUAACUACUUCAUCGCCACCUCACACAACACCUACCUGACAGGAGACCAGCUGCUCUCUCAGUCUCGAGUGGAGAUGUACGCCUAUGUUCUCCAGGCAGGCUGUCGCUGUGUGGAGGUGGACUGCUGGGACGGACCCGACGGGGAGCCUAUUAUUCAUCACGGCUACACCUUGACAUCCAAAAUCCUCUUCAGAGACGUCAUUGAAACAAUUAACAAAUAUGCCUUCACAAAAUCACCGUAUCCAGUGAUCUUGUCCAUAGAGAACCACUGCACUGUGCCUCAGCAGAAAAAGAUGGCUCAGUAUCUGAGAGAGGUGCUGCAGGACAAACUGGAUCUGUCCAGUGUCAACGUGCACGAAUGCAAGAAGCUGCCUUCCCCUGAGAUCCUGAAAGGGAAAGUUUUAGUCAAGGGAAAGAAGCUGCCAGCGAACCUUGAUUCGGAUGCAGAUGAAGGUGAUGUGUCUGAUGAAGAUACUGGUGAUGAGGAAGAAGAGGAAGGCGAUGAUGAUGAGGAUAACUCACAGGAGGGGGAUAUCUUUACCUCUGCCAAUCAAACCAAAAAGAAGAGGCGAUUUGGCAGAUCGAUCAUGAGGAGCUUCAAACGAAAGAGGAAAAAGAGAAUCCGAGUGAGAAAUAAGUCUGAUGGUGAUUUAGACCACAGCGGCAGCAGGGAGAGGACACAAAUUGUUUACCAUCCCAAGAAGAGGAAAACCAUGAGGUUGUCCCGAGCUCUAUCUGACCUGGUCAAGUACACAAAAUCUGUCCGUGUGCAUGACAUAGAAACACAAGCACUUGUGAACAGUUGGCAGGUAUCAUCCCUCAACGAGACUGUUAUGAACCAGAUCUUGCAGCUGAAGCCGGGGGAGUUGGUCCGUUUCAACCAACGCCAACUUCUAAGAGUCUACCCGUCCAACUACAGAGUGGAUUCGAGCAACUUCAGCCCACAACCAUACUGGAACACAGGAUGCCAUAUGGUUGCAAUGAAUUAUCAAACAGAGGGCCGAAUGCUUGAACUGAACCGAGCCAAGUUCUCAAGCAAUGGAAACUGUGGAUAUAUUCUGAGGCCUAAAUGCAUGUGUAAAGCUGCCUUUAACCCCAUGCUGGAGGAUCCUCUACCAGGACAUAGAAAGACUCAGUUAGUGCUGAAGAUCAUCAGCGGACAGCAGCUUCCCAAACCCAAAGACUCCAUGUUUGGGGACAGAGGAGAGAUUAUCGACCCCUUUGUUGAGGUUGAGAUAAUCGGCCUAAAUAUUGAUUGUUCCAAGCAGCAGACCAGGGUGGUGGAUGAUAAUGGUUUCAACCCGAUGUGGGAGGAGACCCUCGUCUUCAACAUUCAAAUGCCGCAGAUCGCUCUGGUGCGUUUCGAAGUGUGGGAUCAUGAUCCUAUUGGACGAGAUUUCAUUGGACAGAGGACUAUUGCUUUCAGGAGUAUGAUGCCAGGUUAUCGGCAUGUGUACCUGGAGGGGAUGGCGGCGUCAUCCAUCUUUAUUCAUGUCGCUAUCAAUGAUAUAACAGGAAAGCUCAAACCCACAAAUGCGGUGCAAGCGGCCAGAAAACACAUCAAAAAAGCAGCCCAGAAACAUAUGAAGGGUCCUCAAAAGCAGACUUCUCUUGACUGCUCUGUCCAGUCCUCAGAAGACGGAUGCGCUCUGUUCUUCCGCAAGGAUCUGGAUACCAUUUCUCAGGACAGCAGGAAUGGAGAAAUGUUUCCUUUUGUACAAGGGCCAGCAGCCAAGGCUGCCAUCCACAAAGGGGCCAUGAGUGAGCCAAUGAGGCGAGCUCACAGAGUUAAGAUUCAUGAACCGCCGGAGACGAGGAGAGGGAUCUUCAGCCGGAUGUCCGCCAUCGACUCCCACCACAUUGGGACUGCUCCCUGUGCGAAAGAGGAUAGCUUUGACCUUGAGACCUCACCCCAGGCUUCUUCUCCUGAUGGUCUUGCUCCUGACAGCCAAAAUCCAAUUCAAGAAGAGUUGGAGAAUGAACCCGAUGAGUCAAACUGUGCUGAGCAGGAGACAGUUCAGAUGAUUGAACCAAAGCAGCAAUCUCAGGAAUUACCAACAGAAACAGAACCAGAGCCAGACAAGGUCACCGCCAUUGCACCUGAGCAACCAACAGAAACUCAAAGUCAGCCUGAUUCAGUCCCUCGGCCUCGGCCCGUGCCACAGCAUAUGUUCCAGCCUGAAGCCAAGUUUUCUCCACUCAUCCCUCCACCAACCCCCGCCAUGGUGAGACGCACCUUAGAGGCUCCAGCCACACCCGCAAUACGAACAAAGGCCCGCUCACGCAGUUGCCCUCGAAGACCGACUACCUCUGCUCAGACACCGAUGGUGAACCGCAAGCCCGCUCUCCUCUGGCAGACGCAGCGAGCACAGAGCUACAACAGCUACAGCAGCAGCCAGGUGAGGCCCAUCCCCAACGGCCUCUGCCUGUCUGACAGCUCAUCCAGCAGCACCGACAGCCUGGAGUUUGUUCCCUCCUGUGUGCCAGCUGGGGCCGAGCAGCGUGAGGGCACCCUGCAGAGGGAGAUGAAGGCCCUGUUUGACCAGAGGAUGAGAGAGAUCCACUGUAAAUCACCACUUUUUCCAAAUGAUUAAAGCACAGUUUAGAUUUGACUGAUGACUCCAAAGACAACAAUUCAACCUUCAGAAGACAAAGAAAGAGAGUAACAACACAACCACAAAAAGGAGGAAGAAGUUCCCUUUUUUCUUUCUCACUAGGAAGACAUCACGCAGAGUUACACAAUUAGACCGUUUUAUUGUUUUAGGCAUGCUGUAAUGUUUACAAUCAACAACGUUUUUAUGCAUGAAAUAGUUUUUAAAAAGAAAUCGUUAUAAUCCUGUGAUGCCAUUGCCAACUGUACAAAACAGCAUGACGACAAACAGUAAACUUACAUGAGCACUAUUUGUUAGUCAAACUGUGAACACUGAUCAUUUUAAUAACUGUUUUUAUAAUAUUUAAACUAUCAUGUUUGCUUUUUCAAUGAAAUUAUAGCAUUAACACUUGAAAAUCAAUAAAUUGAUUAUUUUAAUAAAAUGUGAGUUUUUUUUAUUUUUA